GGGUAAACUGCCAAUCACUUCCUCUUUGUCAAACCGGCCAGAUUCGGAAGGUGCAGCAAACAAAACUGCAUUCAACAUGGGUAUGCGUGGUCGCAAAAGCAGCAAGAGUCCUCCGGUGUUUAGCCAUGAGUUCGUUAUACAAAACCAUGCCGACAUCACAUCGUGCGUGGCAAUGGUUUUCGUGAUAGGACUGAUGUUUCAGGCAACUUCUCCUGUUGCAUCUUUGUUUGUCACACUCCAGCACAACAUCACGGUAAAUGCAACAGAUUCAACAGAGCCUCUAUUCCUGUUUACAUGCGGCCUCAAGGACAUUUUCACAACUUUCUUCUAUCUGCUCAUCUGUAUCAUUGCUCAUGCUGUCGUGCAGGAGUAUGUUCUUGAUAAACUGAAUAGGAAGAUGCACCUGUCUAAGGUGAAGCACAGCAAGUUUAACGAGUCUGGACAGUUGAUGACAUUCUACUUCGCGUCCGCUGUCUGGGGAGCAGACACCAUCAUACGGGAGGGCUUCCACAAUAUCAACCAGUUAUGGGAGGGCUACCCGACAUCCCACGCCAACAUGACGUUUAUCGUCAAGUUCUAUUUCCUGGUUCAGCUGGCCUACUGGCUUCACUGUUUCCCCGAACUGUACUUCCAGAAAAUUAAAAAGGAGGAGAUGAAAGGGAGAAUUACCUACUGUAUGUUGUACCUGAUCUUUAUUGCUGGUGCAUACGCCAUGAAUUUCACGCGUGUAGCCAUGUUGAUGUUGGUUCUACACUACCUUGUGGAGUUUGUGUUCCACCUGGCCCGCCUCAUCUACUUCGCGGACAAGCAGGAGAUGGCUGGGCACUGUUUUAUGGUGUUUGACGUCCUGUUUGUGCUUGUGCGCCUCGGAUCUAUUACCCUCGCUGUUCUGACAUUCUGGUACGGGCUCCAGCAGUCUAGUCAAGACUCUAUAGACAUUGCCACAGGCAACUUUAAUACAAAAAUAUUUAGAAUCUACUGCCUAUUGGCAACAUGUCUGCUGCAGGCAUGGAUGAUGUGGAAUUUCCUCACCUUCCAACUGCGUCGCCUCCGGGAACGCACUGUGUACACUCGCAAACUUCGCUCCCCGACCAAGAAAAAGGGCAAAGGUGAGUAAUUUCAAGAGGAAGACAUCUCAUCACUGCCCGAGGUUGACCAGAACACCGCCCAGAAUGGUUUACGUCCCCGGAAAGUGAAGAAAUAGAACACCUAAAUCAAACUCUAACUUAUCUUCACUUCGUUGGAAUAGAACGUUUGCAAUAUGUUUUCUGUAAAUUACAUUGUAAAAUACGUAAUAAUCAAUAAAAAUGGACAUUUUCUUAUUUUUAAACAAAAAGUAUUGGGUUUAAGAAUUACCAGCAUUUUCUAGCAAUUUUUGUCUUAGGCUUGUUUGGGUUUCGAAAUUAGUGGUAUUAUUUUAGAUUUUCUGGGUUUGAAGUAAUCCAAUGAUAUGGUAUUAGAAAAUUAAUUGCACAUAUUCUUUUUCGAAUGAGUUUGUUUUGAUAGUAUUUUUUUAUGGACAUUAACGUCUUUAGCAAUUCAGUAGCUAUAAUAAAUAUUCAAGAAUCUGUUUUAAAAAUGAGUGUUUUCUUUGACUUCUACUAAGAAAGAUUUUUACUUUCAGAAUGUGAUAAAACUAUUUCAUAGUCAAUACUGCCUUUGUGGUAUUGAAAUUUUAAAACUAACUUAUGUUCAGACAAUUUCUUACCGCCAAACCCUUGUCUACUACACAAGUUAACAAUAUUAAGAGUUUAAGCCUGGAUUUAAAAGGACAUGUUUCUGCUUAAAAUAAUAGGGUUUUAAGGGAGAAAAUGUGGCAUUGUAUCGGACAUUGAAGAACUUUAAUAUAAUAAAUUUUAAAAAUGAAAGAAAGUAGGUUUUAAUUGCCAGAUAUAUCAAAUUUGUCAGUGAUGUAUAAUCAUAUAAGUAGCUUGAAAUCAAAACGGUAACUGGUUGAUUCAAUAAAGGCAGAAGGGUGCCCAUAGUGGUCUCCAUGACGGCAGGGCAGAAUGGUGCUACAGGGUGCAGCACCCUCGAUUAUAUCUGCCUGGCUAUCGCCGUAGUAUAACAAUAAGUAGUGCCAAUUUAAAAGAAUGCCUCAAUCGCAAGGUUUAAGAUAAAGAUUGCCAUAUAAUAUUUUAGAUUUUCUGUAUGAUUGAAUAGCAAAAAAAACAAUUGUAGAAAGGCAAUGAUAGGUACGCAAUAAUGUUGUACGGUCCAGGUGGUCUUACAAGAGAUAUUAAUCUAUUUAAUCUUUACGUUUUGUUUUGAAUGAUUAUAUUAAUGAUGUUUUUAUUGUUUAUAUUUUUUUCAUUUUGUGUGUGUGAGCUUUGUUGAUAAAAUGCUUCAGAAUGUGUCUUCAUUAAAGUUAUUAAUUGUGUAUACAUUUUGAGGCCAUCUAUUCAACUAAGACAAAUUACUGAAACAUCCAGAAGAAUAUUAAAUACUAGGCAAGUGUCAAAAAUUUGAUAUUUUUUAAAUAAUGAAUUAAAAUAAACCUUAUCUCAUAUUCUAGUCUGAAAAUUUGAUUCAAAAUAUAUCUUCUAACUGCCAAGAAUUACCGAUUUGAAGAAUCGAAAAUAAAAUGUUUGGGGAUAAUUUGGCCAUUUUGUUUAAAUAUGGUCGUCGUUAAGUAUAAAGUAUUUAGUUUACUAUAUGCAUGUCAUGACUGGGUGGGGAAGUCUAUCUGAAGGCUUAAUUGCUCUUUUGACAGUUGCAAAUCUAGCUUACUAUUGGAAAGAAAAGCAAAGUGAGUUAAUAAGUUAUGGGUGGGGGGAAGAUGUAAUGUUUUCUUUAUUCUUAAUAGUACAGUUGACAUAGUGAAAGUAUUAGUGCUUUUUAAAACGAUGAACUGCAGCAUCUUAGGUAUAAAUAGCCUCUAGUCUAUUGAUGCCAUUUUGCAUGUACUAUGUACAUGCUCUCUCGUAUCUUAUUUGUGCUGUUUCUAAUAGUUAUCCUGUAUAAUUAUGUAAUUUUAGCUUGUAAGAAUAAAAUGUCACAAAAAAAUGAAUUUUAAAAAAUUAAUACGACGGAUAUUCCCUUGAAAUAUCUUUAAUAUGUUACCUUUUUGGUAUUAGCUAGCUUUAUGUAAUGAAACCUGUUACUUCACCAACGUCAUGCUCAUGUCGGAAAAUAGCUCAUCGAGCUAAUGUUUCUUGUUAACACAUAACUGACUUUAAAUAAAGAUUCUUGUAUCUUGUCUUGUCAUAUGGCAAACAGAUAAUUAACUAUAAGUAUUUGAGUUUAAAAUAGAAAAUGCGUAGAAAUUUAAGGGUACAGCAUAACAUGUGCUCUAAAUAACUGUUCUUUUUGUUUCUUUUUUAAUGUACCUUGGUUCAUUUUUUGCUUUUUUAAGUAUACUUUUUUCUUAAUUUGAAAUAAUGUAUAUAAAUGUGUUAUAGCCCUUAACACAUUGAAAUAACUUAAGGGUAAACAUAUUAAUUACCAUGUUGGAAUGAAAGGCAUUACUUGCAAAUAUUUUUUCUUUGUAAAAUGUAAUUGUUUAAAUAAGAAAAAUGAUCUGUUGUAAAUGUUUAUUGUGAUUACAUGUUUUUUCAUGUUAAAUUGUCUUGCAUAUUUAUGAACCCCUACAAAGAGAAAUUUGUCGAAUGCGAAAAUUUAUAAUUUAGUUUUAGAUUUGUAAACUACCAUAAAAGCAUGUUAUACUUUGGGUGAGGGCAUUACAAUUAUAGUGCCAGGAAACGAUGACCUCACAUUUUCCGAUUUCAUAAGGGCAAUAUAAAUUUAUUGCUUGAUUUUCAUCCAAUUUUUUGUAAUGGAUGUGGGUGGUAACAUUCUAUUUUACUUAGAUGACUGUGUCGUCAAUGAAUAUGUGUUCAUGUUCUUUCUUUUUGCCUAAGGGACCAUAUACAUGCGUUGCUAGACUAAGUAUCAAUUCUCUGGUCCUUUUUUACAUGUGAAUGUUAUUCAUUUACACUCUGUACGAAUAAAAGCCAUUCCCAGACAGUACCAGACUGAUGAGCAAUUACAGACCCUAGUCCGACAUCUUAAUUUGUGUCAAUAAGAUUUAAGGGGAAGCAGAAAAACGAGGGGAUGGGCGGAGAUGAAAAUCUGGCAAUUGAUUUGUUAUCGCCUUAUUACAAGAAAACCAAUUUCUGUUUGUCAGGGUUCAUAAAUUUGAUCAUUCAUCAGAUUAAAUGCAUUUUACAUUGUUCUUGACAUAUAAUGUACUGUUGAUCAUAUUAAAGAAUCAAUCUGAAUGACUGUUGAUGUGUUAAAGUAUUACAAUAUAAAACAAUAAUUACUGUGAUGUUUCUGUGAAGAAUUUGUCUGUAUAAGAUGGUGCAUGAAGUCGAAUAAAUGUGACAACCGAAAGAA